CUCUUCGAAGGCUAGACUGCUAUAUUGGAAACCCUUGGUCCUCGACGGAAUACCAUUAAAUUUGAACAGUACCUGUUAUGGUGAUAUUAAACUUCCCUCAUGGAAUGCCUAGACGAGUCGUAGAGUGAUAUAAAUCUCUCGAGUCACAUGAUCGGUAUUGUUGACUUUAUCCGGCUCUUUCAUGAAAUGCACAUGAUAUUUCUAUUCAUCACCGACAGAUGUUCCCAUAUACCGGUUAAUAUGACAAGGUCAUCCUUAUUGCCUUGCUUACAUCUCGCAAUUACCCGCCUACAGGCUACUAUAUGCCGAAAUGCAUUGCGUGCUCAGCGCCCGCAAAUGCACGUUCAUUGCAGCUAUGGAAAAUAAGACGCCCUAUUAUCUUCUACGAGCUAGAUUCUCGCAUGCCUAUACAUAUAAUACUGCCCACAGUCAUAUCAUACCCAGGUAUAGAACUUAGCUCCCGUGCUUGAAAUAAACCAUACUUGCUGAGAACCACGCAAGACCACAAUGAAGAGGGCAUCACUCCUAUCCUCUCUGGCUGCGGCCAGCUUCGCUCACGGGCAGUCCGCGCCUGCAACUAUCCCGACUAUCCUUGGUAUCCGUGGAGCCAACUCAGCAGGCUGCUUCUCGGCUACGAGUAUGAGCAUCUCACUAAAAACCGACAGUUUGAAAUUCGACUUUGCGGAUAUGAGGGCCAGCGUUACCCCAGCUACCCCGUACGAUUCGGAGGCCGCGAUAUGUGUAAUGUCCAUCGAACUAGGUGCUUUUCCGCAAGGAUGGCGCUUCGCCUUCUCGGACGUCUCGUAUGCAGGAUACGCAAACCUCGCGGGGGGUGCACGGGUUCGGAGCUUCGCAGCCAACUCGUACUUCCAGUGGGAGCAUAUCAAGAACAAUGAUGCAAUUGAUCAGCCCACUAUCAAAAACUCAUCCGGUUCUUAUUUGUUGGACGUCCCGGAGAAGAUCGUAGACUUCGGCGCUGCAGGCGCUUACAACAAUAACUUCAAAGUCGACAUCCGGAACGACAAGUUAGCUUGGUCUCCCUGCUUCACCGGCCAAGAGUACACAUUCGACGAUAACAUGCAGGUCCAAUUUCAGUUCCAAGCCUAUCUAACCAAGGAAGGUCACUCGAAAACCGGAAGUGGCGUUUUUGGUCGUCCUAUUGGCUCUGCUCUAACGGCAGACUUCAAAGUUGUUUGGGAGCAAUGCGAUCCGGCGCAGAGGAACUCCUGGGGCCAAUUCAGAAUGGGUGACUACGAGUCUUGCGAGCGUAUUAGUCCGGCCGAUAGCUCGGAUGGGCAGCCCACCGUAAGGUGGUGAUGAGCUACGGAAGUUCACCCCCUUUUGUAUCAGUCACAAUCACGAUGCCCCUUUAUAGGCGGAUGUAAUAUGAGACCAACAGAACAUCAAUAAAGUGCUGA